GUGUGCACAAAUUGCACCACGUGAGCUGUCGGAGUGGUUCGUGUGCAAAAGGGCUUCUUUGUUCCAUUUCGUGCCGGCGUCGGUUGGUGUCAGUCGGCGUACGAGUUGCUGCUUCGUUCUCGGACCCGUUUCCCGCUGCCAACCUUCUACGGAGACUCGCUCGGUUCUUCCCGGAGCCCAGUACACCGACCAAACAGCGUCAACAUGAGCAGCCAGGAGUGCUACGCCUGCCACAAGCCCGGCCACUUCGCCCGUGAGUGCCCGCAGGGAGACCGCGGCUAUGGCGGAGGUUCGUCGUUCGGCAACUCGUACCGUUCCGGCGGUGGUGGAGGUGGGUUCGGCUCCCGCGGCGGCGGUGGUCGCGGCGGCAUGCGCGGGGGACCGCCAAGCCGCAUGGGAGGCGGAGGCGGUGGCGGUUUUGGCCCCAGCCGGCUGACUUGCUACAACUGCGGCAAGGCGGGACACAUCGCCCGCGAAUGCCCCGAGGACGGCAAGACCUGCUACACUUGCGGUAAACAGGGCCACAUAUCGCGCGACUGCGACGAGAAGCCGUGAGGAGUUUUCCCGCGAGACAGCCAGGCAGAACGGAGAGAACGAAGAAAAAAAAAGUUUUACCUCCGCCGCCGCACACAAGAGUUCGUUGUUGCGUUGUCAUCGUUCUAGGCCUACCGUGAAGAAAGAAAAAAAAGCAUUCGACCCCCUUCCCCUCAUCGUGUCUCGUGGCGGUUUACGCUAGGACUGCAUUUGUUACCUCCGGUCAUCGCAUUACUUCCCAAAACGGCCAUUAGGCGUUAUCUUGGUUUUCUUAGCGCAACUCAUCCGGUCUGGCGGAGACGUCAAGCGGCUUCCCGUCGCGUCCGAAGAAGCUGAGCCCUGGCCCGGUUUUUUUUUUAUUUGUGCACCUCGACUGCCGCCGGGCGUCCAUCUUUGAAAAAAACCGGCAAGAGAAUGGUGGAUGCUGCGUACUCGUGUAGGCCUAGCCACGCCACAAUGGAUGCUCGCACGUGGCGGCUGCCUUCGCGACGAAGAAGGAAGACAAACAAGAUCGCUGACCUCUGCGAGCAAUGGUACGUCAUCGAGUCGUCGUUCGCUACGCCUUCUUCAUGCGCUGGCUUCUUAAAAAAAAUACCCUUCCCCGGAUUUUUUUUUAUUGAUCUCCGUUGGUGACUUUAUACUGUGAAUGUGUUCUUUUGUGGUUGCGUCUCUUGAGCGCGCCAGCCGAUGCGGGCUCGGGUGUAUUUACCAUUUUUAAGCUCGUUUACCGGGCCGAACGCGGCCAACUAAGGACUGCUAGAAAAUUACCGGAUGAGAUAGAGAGGGUUGAACUUUGCGGCUGUAGAAAAGAAACGGGAGCUUGUUCGAGGACAUUUUUUUGUGUUGAAAAAACUUAUUCUCUAAAUAUGUGUGUUUUGUGUGCGCGUGUGCUGCGUAGGACUGGCGUUUAUUUUUUUCCUACUUUCUUUGACUGUGUAUAAAAUGAAGAAAAAAUGCCUCAUGUACAAUCUUCUUUCCAAAGGCUGAUUUUUUAGUGAACCAUGCAGUUGUUGUUGCAGGGAGCACUACGCGAGGACAAAUAAAAACAAAAAGGCUGAUCUGCA